CAGUCACUGUGUGAGCAGAGAGGAGGGACCACAGUCUACAGUCCACAUGGUAUUUACACGCUUUUUAACGUUGUGUGAUUUAGUUUUAAUGUAACUUCUCACGGUGGCUGUGAGCACAUGCACUUUCCUGCUCUGCAGAGUUAGUGUGGUGGUGAUGAUGCAGCAGCAGCCCGGCGCUCUCUCUCCAGGCCUUAUCUUGAUUGGUUGUUGGGGGAGGACAGGGCGGGAGAGGCGAGCUGUCGUUGAGGAUCCACAUGCACUCUCAGUUUGCAUCGCAUCCAUAGGGAGCACGGACUGAUCCACGGACUGAUCCACGGACCGAUCCACGGACUGAUCCACAGACUGAUCCAGGGUCUCCUCAGGUCUUCACAGACAGGAACGAGAUCACGACCUCUUCACCUUCGUCAUCGAGAGGAACCGACUUUUUUGUUUUUGUGUUGAUAAAGAUAAGCAAAGCAGCAAGGAAUCUUGGGAGAUUGUUGGGGGAGAGCCUUUGAGGAAUUACAAGGAACAUUUUUAGGAGGAAACAUCUCCCAAUAAAAUCUGUAGAAGCUGGUGUGGUGAGAGCGGUGUUUGUUUGAGGAUGAGUGCGAGGCCUGGCUGGGACCGUGGCUGAGGCAUGAGGGAGGAAACCAUCUGAGAACCGGUUCCAUGUAAACACGGAGCACCAUGCCAACCCUGCUGCCAACCUGGCACAAGACGACCUGCACCACCAUCACCACCACCCUCCUCCUCCUCUUGCUCCUCCUCCUCCUCUGCAGCCGUCAGGUCUCGGCCUCAGUUCUGGAAAGUCUGAUCGCUAAACGGACCGAAUACUGGGAGAACUGCAACAGAACUCUGGUGCACUCAAGUGCACUCUUAAAAACUGGAAACUUCUGCAGAGGAACCUUUGACACGUUUGUGUGUUGGCCUCAUUCAUCUGCUGGGAAUGUGUCGGUGCCGUGUCCUUCUUACCUCCCGUGGAUCAGUGAGGACGCUUCCAGGAGGGUGCACAGAGAAUGCUUAGAGAACGGGAGGUGGCGUCAGAAGGAGAACUCUUCAGAGCCCUGGAGAGGUGACUCAGAGUGUCAGGAGGACCAGUUCUUCAAAGACAAGGAAGACGAAAUGCUUCGUCAGACAGCGCUCAGGCUCAUCUCCGUCAUUGGCUACUCCCUGUCGCUGACCUCCCUCACGCUGGCCACUCUCCUGAUGGGAAUACUGAGGAAGCUUCACUGCACCAGGAACUACAUCCACAUGAAUCUGUUUGUGUCGUUCAUCCUGAGAGCUGUGGCCGUCAUCUCCAAGGAAAUCAUACUAUACAUCAUGUAUUCCAACCUGCCAAAGGACGACCCUGGAUGGAACUCCUACCCAACCUCUGCGACAGCGCUGAUGUGUAAAUUCUCCAAAGUGUGCAUGGAGUACUUUGUGGCCUGUAACUACUUCUGGCUGCUGGUGGAAGCCAUUUUCCUCCACACGCUGCUCUUCACUGCUGUCCUGACCAAGAGGCGACUUCUGAAGAAGUACAUGCUGCUCGGCUGGGGAACUCCCGUCCUGUUUGUGACGCCGUGGACAGUCGUCAAAAUCGUUUAUGAAAACACAGAGUGCUGGUCAAUCGUGAACAGGUGGUUCUGGUGGAUCAUCAGAGGCCCGAUCACUCUGUCUGUGCUUGUCAUUUUCUUCAUAUUCAUCAAGAUCCUGAUGCUGCUGCUGUCCAAGCUGAAAGCAGAUCAGGUGAAAUUUACGGACUACAGAUACAGUUUGGCGAGAGCAACGCUGGUGCUGAUCCCUCUGCUGGGAAUCCACGAAGUGGUCUUCACUGUGCUGAUCGAUGAAUGUGUGGAUGGCAGCAGCCGCUACGCCAGGAACUUCCUCAACCUCACCCUCAGCUCUUUCCAGGGUUUCCUCGUUGCUGUGCUCUACUGUUUUGCUAAUGGAGAGGUCCAAACUGAAUUGAAGAAGCGCUGGCAGCUUUUCCUGUUCACCAACCACUUCCAGGUCAGGGGUUGUUUUCAAGGAGCGCCUCUCAAGCACCUGUGGAAGUGCACUCGAUGGCGCCACACCCAGUGCGCUCAGCAGAAUGACUCUUAUGACGAGGGGGGCACUUGCGCGGCUCACCCUCACCUGCAUCAGGUGGCUGUGCACGGAGGAGGUGGAGUCAUCAGAGUGGGAGAGGUUAAAGGUCAGGGGCUGAAGGGCGGUGACAUAGCAGGACUGGACUUCCUCACCAGGAAGAGUUUGUCCAGCAGCGAUGGAGAGAUGACGCUGGGGGAGACCAUGGAGGAGAUUCUGGAGGAGAGCGAGUUCUGAUCACUGGUUACCCUCCAGGUAAUGAGAUAAGAAUCAUAUUCAUACAAAACCUGGAUCACCCACAUGGAAACUGCAUAGAGAUCAACAAUCAAACUGCCUUAAAGUGGCUGAAGACCUUCACAAAUAGGACCUCCAAGUUCUCCAGGCCCAAGAUUCAAGAAUCUGUUAGACACUGCAGGUUUUAGAUCUGGGUUACACAUGUCUGCAUUCAUGUACAUGGCCACGGUUUCAUUCGCGUUGUGUACUUGAGGGUGAUCUUCAAAGGUCUUUGUCCUCAUUUAUAUGUCCUUAUAUCCUCUGAGCGAUGGCUUGUACAUGUGUGGACACUGACCGCCACCUCAAAUGUCCAUGGUUACCGCCUUCUUCGCGGUCUCCUUUGACCAAAACAAGAGCUUGCCGCUAACUGCACAGGAAAGUGUUCUGCUACAAGGAGCUAGCGCGAUGAGAGUCACAGUCCAUAUGGUCACAUGAUGCACCACUGAGAACAUGGGGCAGCUACAGAUAUUCAUGUAGCAUGGACCACAGAUAACCAAUGUGGACACACAGACAUGCCUAAUCAGGCAAGCUGAGGGCUAAAAUGUUAGCAAACUAGGUAGCUAGCUUGGUAACUGGAGGCUUUUUAGCUUGGUCAGUUUAUCGUUACUUAUGAAAGUGUACGAUGAACUCACACUUGUGGAUUCUCUGGUUCCGCGAUGGACCAAUUGAUUCAGAUUCUCAACAGGUUGAUCUGAGCAAACAUUAUUUUUAUGUAUGAUAUGAAACAUUUACAUACAUAUACAUUUGUCGCUGCCAUCCAAACUCAUAACCUACAGAAGCUAAAAAAAAAAGAUCAAAUAUCUGUUGCGUACUCUGCAGUCACGGCGUCAUAUAAACACAUCACAAUAAUCCUCUUCUAUACAAACUUUGUGUUUGAUUUACCGUGAAAAACAUCCUCCUGUCACAGGCCAGUUAUAAAUAUCCAUAUGACACAUCUGGAUUGAAACGUAAACGUAUAAAUACAAUGUAUUUGUUGUCUGAAUGUGAAUAACGAGACUCAGUGUGCAGCAAGUUUUACGGCUUUACAUGUUUUCUAUUUCCUACUACGAAGCUCUACACGUGUUGUACAGUUGUAUAGUACUGAAUAUCUUGAUUUGUACUCGUAGUCUCACCAAACGAUGUUUGUAUGUAUGUAUGUAUGUAUGCACUAAUAAACAGUUUCAUUGUC